UAAUGACGUCAGCGUCAGCGACGCUUGAGUCUUUUCGCGGGAAGUUACUUUCGCUUUGCCUGUAUAACAACAGCGGACAAAGCUUCUGACAGCAGUGUUCUGCCUGUAAAGCUUUAGUCUGUGUUUACAUAGCUUAGUUUAUUGUCGAGACAUCUAAAUAGUUGUUUAGCUAGCGUUUUAUAUUGAGCCUGUGCUUUGGCAUACUUAUUUUUCAUCAUGAACUGUUUGCUGAUGAGAGAAAGUCCUCUGAUUAUUCCGCUUAAUAAGGAGAAGACAGUCUAUGACGGGUUCAUCACAGUAAUGGAAAAAGACUUAAGGAUAAGAAUAUCUCUACCGCCUGAUCGUCAGAUGAAACAGGCAAAAUUGCACUGUUGUUGGCAAAUGAAACGGCUACUUCAUGGUUAUCAACAUAUUGUGAAGCAGAGGUUACAGCAUUCAACUAAUCUGAUGGCUUUUAUCCUGGAACUCAAGACAGUAUUGGAAGUGGCAUUGAAGAGCCAACCAGGAUGUCAGUCUUUCUCUCCACCUCAGUAUUAUUCCCAGCUGAUAACAGAAAUUGAGAUCUUAGGAUGGGAUAAGCUGCUCUUCAUUGAUGCAGAGUUCCGCACACUCAAGCUGAAGACAGAGGACUCUGCUGGUCAUCAGCACGCCAUUACAGUCAAGCUCAAGUCCAAGUAUCCAACUGAGGCCCCAGAGUUUUCUGCAGAUCUUCCUGUUCCAUUGGUCAUCACGUGGACCUCUCAGAGCACCUUAGCCAAUGUCCACAGUCAGUUCCUGUUAAAUGUGGAGGCUCUGUCCGAGUUCUGGUCGGUGCUGGAUGAGAUAGAUGAGCAGACGUGGGUACUGGAACCAGAAAAACCCACGAAAGCAGACUCCAUGAGAAGGAUCGCCAUCGGAAACAAUGUCUCAAUAAAGGUACAAAUUGACCCCAGACACCCCAAAAUGCUGCCGGAGUGCUGUUUGCUCGGGGCUGAGCACGUUGUCACUCCUUUAAGGAAUAAGUUGAAUGCUAAUAUGCAUUUAUGGAACCCUGACUGCAGUGUCCUACAGAAUAUGACGGAUGUGUUAGAGAUAGAAUUUCCAUCGCCUGCCACCCACGAAAAAUCUAGUUUCAGUGUUGAAUGUGGCAUCUGCUACUCUUAUCGACUUGAGUCAGCCAUUCCGGAUCAGGUCUGCAAUGACCCACGCUGUGGCCAGCCUUUCCAUCAAGCAUGUCUUUAUGAGUGGUUGAGAGGUCUGCCCACCAGUCGCCAAAGCUUCAAUAUUGUGUUUGGAGAAUGUCCUUACUGCAGCAAGCCCAUCACUGUGAAAAUGGUCACAGGAAAUGCUUAACAACAGUCAUGUGGUGUUACGGCUCCAGUGAGGGUAAUACCAAAAACCAACAACAGUCAGUAUCAUGACAACAAGGAAGAUCAGCAUUCUUUUGAUUGGCCAUUUACCCCGAUUUUCUGAUUUCCCAAAACCAUUUCCUUCUGUGUAAUGUGUCCAUUCAUCUUCCUGUCCACAAACAUCACUUCCCCAGUGGUUUCCUUCAUCAUCAGUUUCUUCCCACUGGUUCUGAUUCCAGCUGUGUUUUCUGCUGUAGUCGACUUCACUGUUGGGUACUGUAUGGUCAUCCUUUAGUCUCAGAGUAUGUGUUUGGUGGUUCUCGUAGUGACGGUUUUGUCUUCCCCUCAUGGUCAUCCAGGUCUUGCCCUCAUAAACAUCUGUGUUCCUCUUUUCCUGUGUUGUUGGAGCAAAUUUUAUGUUUUCAAAAUAUACGAAAUAGAAAUGAGAGGGCCGUUAUGCUGAAUUUGUUAAUAGACUUUUGUAUCAAACAAACACUGCAAAUCAUAUUUGUAUUUCCUGUGACUCUUGAUGCUUUUACAACAUUGAUCAAUUUGAAUAAGUGAAUGAUUUACUGUGCUUUAUUUGGCAUUUGGUCUGUGCUCUGCUGCUGGUUUUACUUGUUCAAGUUCCUGUCUCUGUCUGGCUCCUGCUCUAGUUCUAGGAUGAACUCGCGGAGGGAGGGGCUCAUCUUCAUCACUGAUAUCUUCGUCACUUUCAUAAGGCAUAGGCGUUUGCCUGGCACUUCCUUUAGCAGCCAUGUCUGCUUUUUUUGGUCUCUGUGAAGAUGACACCAAUGAAUAAUAUCAAUGAGAGUUAUAAUACCACUGUAUGAUAACACUAUAUAUUUAUUAUGUAUGCAAAAGCAACUUUUUAUCAAAAAUACUGAAAAAAAAAGUAUAACAAGUACCCCAACUCUUAAUUGAUAACAAUAAGACAUGUUUCUUUAGUACAAUAUCAGCAUUUCUAAAGCAUUAAGGAACACUGAAGAGUGGCUGCUGAAAACUCAGGAAUAAAUUACAGUUAAAAAAAAAAAUCCUUAUUAGGGGCCUUUACUGUAUCCAUUAGUUUUCUGUACUAGAUUACUGUUCAGCCUCUUUUUCUGCUUUGGAAGUCUAUGGCAGCCCACAGAACCGCUUGCGGGAAAGUUAUGAAAUUUGGCACACACAUAGAGGACAGUCUCAAUAUGAACCUCAGCAAAUUUGGAGACUAUCUCAAACUCUCUAGCACCACCAACAGGCCAAAUUUGCACUUGUAUUUCUGCUAUCUUUUGAAAAGUAAAAAUCUUUUUCUUCUAAUUCCUUGGCUCAUGCCAAAUCGAGUGCAUACCAAAUUUCUACGGGACAAGAUUUUAUGCAAUUCUGAAUUUUGCAAAAAUCUAUUUUUUGAACUUUGUCCGAUUUUCGCCAAAAUUGGCUCAGAUCAUCUUCAGACAAUGCUGGCAACACAAAGCGUUAAUGAAUUUGACAAAAUUAAAAAUUAGAGCAAAAAUGGACAAGAGGCUGUAUCUUUGCAUUGCAGAUCCUGGUGUUACACCAAGCAUGACCUGCGGGCACAUGAGUAGUUUCAGCACAGCACCAACCACUGGUCAAAAAAACUGACAUUUUUGUUUAUAAUUUCAAACCAGUUUGACCAAAAAUCAUAAUAUUGAUCUGGUUAGAUUCGGAGCUGCAAACCAAAUUGAACGAUACCUAAAUUUCCUAUGUCUGCCUUUUUGGGCAUUGGCCAUUUUGAGUUUUGUAGUAAAAUGCUGUAUCAACAAAUGUAGUUAUUAAAGACAACUCUUUAUUUUAUUUUA